CGGGCAUCUCGACGCGCCACGCGCAAAGCCGCAUCGGCCGGCAGAAAAAGCUGCCCGAGCGGCUGCUGCCCGGCGGCGACCGGGCGAACCCACGACAGCAACGAUGCAGCCCCACGAGGCGGACGACGAGGAGCAGGCGGUGGCGGAGACGCCGCUGCUGGCCCAAAAACCGCGGCGGCGACCACACCUCGCCGCCGCCGCCGCCGCCACGCUCAUGCUCGUCGGCGCCGCCGCGACGCCGACGGCGCGCACGGCCAUCCAAAAACUGUGGACGCCCUUCGAUGGGACCCUCAUGCCCCCAGACGACUGGGCCGGCUUCAGCUGCGAGUUGUACGACGACGACACGCGCUAUCCGGUGGCGCCCUGGGCGACCGAGGACGGCGACCCGGCGACGGACUGCACGGUGCAGGACGCCACCCCGGAGCGCUGCGAGGCCUGUUUGAACCACGAGGUCUGCGCGUCGGUCUGCGGCGAGGCGACGGCGAACUGCGACGGCGGGAGUGGCGACAUGGAGUUCCUCGAGCCCUGCAUGUGGGAGACGAUCACGAAUUUGCAGGAUGUCUGUGGGAACACCUUCGAGGCCGUCGCGCCGCUGAGCAGUGCCAAUAUUGCGCCGUGGGAUGCGCUGACCGAUACGAUCGAUUGGUCCUGCCCCACGCACGCGUUCUGCAACCAGUGCGCCGACGACACGGAGCCGGGCGGCAUCAACCGGUACUGCGUGGCGCUCAUGCUGAAGACGUCGUCGCUCUACCCGCACCUGGACCUCUUCGACCACCUCGAGAGCUACUGGUGCUGGCCCGAGGUCUGGCAGGCCAUCGAGGACGCGUCCUUCUUCGACGCGUUCAGCGACAAGCUGAACCCGCGGCUGGCCUUCGAGGACCGGACGACGGGGUCGCGCUAAGUUAUAUUUGUUGUUUAU